GUAAAUAUAUUCCAGGCGUUGGACGGUUAUUUAUGUAUUUCUUUCUUUUCGUUGUAUCCAUUUAUUCCUUAUUUUCACUCUCUUUGUCAUUCUCUUGUAGAAUAGAGACCGUUCCCUGAUCCUCAAACACGAGUACGGAGUAACUCUCGAUGCUAUUGCAAUGGGGAGAACUAACGACACCUCUAUCCUCCCCCAAAAUCGCCAGGUUCCCGAUAAAAAUGGCUUAAACAAGGCAUCUUUGCUACUCCCUCCGGCAGAGAGAAACUGCUCCCACAGACGAAGAAAUAUAACUCUUGCAAUCUCCCUCCUCGUGUUGCUUGCGGUGCAUCUGCGCAACUUCUAUACAUGGACUUGGCAAGUCCCACAACGACAUGCCUGCACAGAGAAGGAAGGGUCUGAUAAAAUUGAGCAUGGCAAAUUGGGCGCAGUGGCCAGUGAAAGCUCUCUCUGCAGUGGUCUUGGGGCGGACAUGCUGAAGAUCGGUGGGAAUGCUGCGGAUGCCAUGGUCGCAACGGUGUUCUGUGUCGGAGUUAUCGGGAUGUACCACAGCGGCAUUGGAGGGGGUGGGUUCAUGCUUAUCCGGUCACCUGAUGGCUCCUUUGAGGCUGUCGAUUUCCGUGAAAUUGCGCCGGCUGCUGCAUUUGAAGAUAUGUACGAGAAUAAUACCCAUGCCUCCAUUGUUGGUGGUUUAGCAAGUGCCGUGCCGGGGGAGAUACGCGGUUUGGAGUACCUUCAUUCCAAGUACGGAGCCCUUCCAUGGAAGACGGUGAUGCAGCCAGCCAUCAAAACAGCCCGUGAAGGCUUCCGAGUAACCGAAGAUCUUUUCAAGGCCAUCGAAUCUGUCGGCCCUGCAGGCAGCGAAGGAGACUUUCUCUCCAAUGAUCCGUCAUGGGCAAUUGAUUUUGCCCCUAAUGGAAGCCGGGUUGGGCUUGGUGACAUGAUGACUAGGGUGCGCUAUGCAGAUACGCUUGACUUUAUCGCGAAUCAAGGCCCAGACAGCUUCUAUUACGGACCCGUUGCUGAGACCAUGGUCAGAGCUGUGCAGGAAAGAAACGGAACUAUGACACUGGAGGAUCUCGAGAAGUAUACUAUUGCCAUCAGGGACAUCGCGCAGAUUGACUACCGGGGUUAUAGAAUCACGAGUACCCCUGCUCCUUCCAGUGGGAUAGUCGCUCUGAGUGUGUUGAAGAUCCUGGAGACGUAUGACGACUUUUUUGCCCCGGGUAAUUUUAAUCUCAGUGCCCACCGGAUGGAUGAGGCGAUGCGAUUCGGUUAUGGACAGAGGACCAAAUUGGGUGAUCCCGAGUUUGUAGAUGGGCUGGAUACGUACCAGAAGAAUAUGCUCAAGGACUCGACAAUCGCAGAGAUUCGGAGAAAGAUAUCCGACUUCCAUACAAAGAAUAUUUCCGCUUAUGAUCCCGAGGGGUUCGAGAGCUUGGAAACUCCAGGAACUUCACACCUCGUGGCUGCUGACCAUACCGGGCUGGCGAUCACUCUCACUACCACAAUCAAUCUGUAUUUCGGGAGCCAAGUAAUGAUCCCUGAGACGGGAAUCGUCAUGAACAAUGAGAUGGAUGAUUUUUCCAUCCCCGGUGUCUCCAAUGGCUUCGGCUACAUCCCCGCCCCAGCAAACUACAUCCGCCCCGGCAAGCGGCCCAUGUCAUCCAUCACGCCGGCGAUUGUAACUCAUCCCAAUGGCACUCUGUUCUUCGUAACGGGUUCCGCAGGCGGCAGUCGUAUUAUCACGGCCACGAUCCAGAACCUCAUCCACGCCAUUGAUGACCAGCUCUCCGCUGCCGAGGCCCUGGCUAGGCCUCGUCUCCAUGACCAGCUGGUUCCGAACCAGGUAUUUUUCGAGUAUGCGUACGAUAAUUCCACGGUCGCAUUCAUGGAGUCCCUUGGUCAUAAUGUGACUUGGUUUGCUCCGGGCACGAGCGCGUCUCAGGCCAUUCGUGUGUUACCGAAUGGGACCUUUGAUGCUGCUGGAGAGCCGAGACAGGCCGCUUCGGGCGGAAUUGCUAUAUAAAACGUUGCUACUUUCUAUAGAAUAAUAUAGACAGUCCAUAAAUUUAUGGGAAUGCGGAGUAAAAGACGUGAAGUGGUCUGUGCGUUU